AAUGUUGUGAUGCGAGCAAGCAGCAUGCUGACAGCUACUAUAGAGGGUCCACCAGAGAAACUGUAAGGUGCCAAUUUGGAAGGACUUAAGGAGUCAACACACUGAGGAAAAACCUGCUGUUUGUUUAUAUGCUCAACGCCUCUCGCCUACCGAAGAGUAUUUACACGAGACAUAAAUAUAAUGUAUCUUAAAUCCACUCAAAAUAUGCCAGCUUCAAAAGAAUUACUGCGCUUCUCGACAGCGCUUUGCGCUUAAGGCCAAUUUACUUCGACCUAAGGAAGACGUUAGUAACCGAACAGGACACAUCAUGCCUAUUCGUCGUGGACGCUUUGCACCGCAGAACACGUUUCUGGAAACGAUUGCCCAAAAAUUCGACCGAGGAAGUAAGUAACCAUUUGUACUGAGAACAAUAAUAAUUCUGUUAGUAAUGAGUAAUAGUGUUCGUAACACACCGCUAGCAAGUCGGUAAUGUUAUGGUGCAUAAUGUGUUUUACCGACUGAAAAUUUCUUAACUUGACAUUGCAUCGUAAGUGCUUAUUGCUCAGCUGAUUACAAGUAAUAAUUCUUAGUAUUUCAUGCAUGGCUAUCUUACUUUAAAUUCAGCCGCCUAGCGCACACAACCGACUGCCACGAGUAAUAAAUGCAUUUCUAGUAUUGAACGGUUGGUUGAUAACUAACGUUUAUUGCCCAGUUGGUUAUUUAAGUAAUAAUACACUCAGAAUUUCCCGCAUGGCUCUCCUCAGACAGUAACUUCGUUCUUGGCAGCGCCCAGGAAAAGAACAAUUACCCUAUAGUCUACUGCAGUGAUGGCUUCUGUGAGCUGACUGGUUUUUCCCGGAGCGAAUUGAUGCGCCGGAGUUGUGGCUGCAGUUUCUUAUACGGGCUGGAGACCAAGCAAGACGACAUAGCGAGUAUCCAAAAGGCAUUAAAAACCCAGGUUGAGCUUAAAAAGGAAAUUAUGUUCUACAAAAAAAACGGUAAGAAACAAGGCAUAUUUCUUCGCGCUGAUCACGUUCACUAGAUCUUCAUUAGUAUUCUGGAGGAUUAUUUUUUUUGACGAUCUAAUUUAAUACCUAAUAAUCCGGCUACAUUGAAAUAUAGUCUCUGGAUCAUUACUAACUUUCAAGUUGUAGGUUUCUUCAUUUUACUAUUAUAAUUCCUAGUCCUCUUACAAAUUUACUAUAACUCUGUCUUGCUCUUUGAUGAUGAAAUUCAAACGGCACCUGCACAUUUUUAAGGGAUUUUUAGUUAUUUUUUAUCGGACGCUCCAGUUAAGUUUGGGCAUUCAAGAAGCGUAAUACUACCAAACAAUUACAAAACAAGUCGAAGAAAAUUUACAUAAAAAGUUAUAACCUCUCUUAGUCUUGGGUGAAUAUUUACCCUCGCCAAUUUCGAUCUGGUGAAUAAAAAAAGUUUAAUUUAACUUUGAAUCUCGAAGCUUUUACUCGGUGAUCUUACUUUUUCGCAGUGAUUCGCCCAGUGUGAGUGCGUGUUUAAAAUAUCUAGGAAUAAAUUCACCCAUCGAGAGAAGCAAACGCUUCAUUAACAUAAAAUAUCAGAGGUGACCUCCUGUUUUGAAUUUGUCUGCCCAGAAAAUAAAAUAUAGUCCUUAAAUAUCAAAACAAAAGUUAGUUGCUCUGUAAUUAUCGUUUAACGAAAUGUCUUUCGUUUUUAAGGGAUUAAUUUUCAAGGAGAAAAUAUACGGAACCAUAAUAAAUUUAGUCUUCUAUAAAUUACACUGAUUUUGGCCCCGUUGUUAAUACCUAGUAGCACUUCAUUUCUACUACAAAACAUGUUCACGAGAGCCAUAUACAUCUCUCUCUGCCAGACCGACGAAGAACGCUUAAUAUAAAGACAAUAUGGAAGCCGCAAAUUUUGAGCAAUUUCCCUACCUAAACAAUGAGUUCUAUAGGUAGUUUCAAAGAACAUGUAAGCGAUGUUUUGAAAAGGAAGUGUUGUUUUCGGUAGUGAUGCGGCGUAAAAGCUUUCUCGUCUGACAAGUCGAUGCUAUGCAGUCUGCAUAUUAAAGUCAGAGCUUGGAGAGAAAAUUGUACGAAGAAUACAUCUUAUUAAAACAGAUUACUAAAUAAAUACCCCCCGAAGCUCUGCAGUUCCUUUGAUAUUACUAUUAUUUAUUUCUUUUUAUUUCUUUUUCUUCGUUAAAAAGAGCAAAUAGGAUGUAAAAUCGACCUACUUGCACAUAUCAACUACAGCACUAGAAAUUAGCGCCUUUAGCUAUGAUAUAUCAACUUCCAACUCAAAACCCUUAACGCAGUUUAAUAGUGAAUAUAGUAUGUCCGGUGAAUACUACGACGUCAUAACCACGAACAAGUAAAGUGCGCUAAAAGAAAUCUUUAAAAUGUAGGUGUUAUUCUUAAAAAGACAAUGAGAAACGUUUUCUGUGCGUGAUAUAUACUUUUUUACAUUACACUCAGGAAAAGCUUGGUGAUACGGGACGAAAAAACCAAGGCUAUAAAUAUCAUAUCAAAACAAUGUCUUAUAUUGACGGGUUAUUUGGUUUUUGAAGCCCUGGGUCAAUAUUCAAAUCGGGCAAAACGAAUGAGAAAUGUUUAGCCUCUUAAACGGAGUAAUUUUUUGUUACAAAUCGAUGAAUAAUGUCGGAUAUUAGAUGUACGCUUUUCCGAUGAUCUCUCAGUAGAAGAUUUGCGAAGAUAUUCGCAUACGUACACUGCAGCGCUCUCUAUCUCAUUUAUAGACGCUAUAAAACUCAAGCUAAAUGGACAUUUAGACGCCACUGACACGAGCCUAUUUUACCUUAAUUUACAAACAUCUAAAUCGAACUAAAUUCACUAUGGGUUUUUCUUAUUAGAAAAGAAAUUUUUUGUUCAAGUAACAAGCUGUAAACGUGAAAGCAUGGUUCAUCGAAAACCUAAAUGUUUGCCGAGUAUUUAGCGCAUUGACAUAUUGUACAAAAAUCUCGUAUUAUCGGCCAUCACAGAAGCCAAUUUGUUCAAUUUUUCAUCGUUCAGUGACUACCAAUGAGCUACUCUAGCGAGUAUCCAUAGAAAAUAUAUCUAAUUCGGGGAAAUCAGCAUUAAUUCUACUGUGGUAUUUUUGCAUUUUAAGGGAAUUUAUUCAUAAUUAUUUGUUCUGAACUGGUUUCCCAACUUGGUCGUCUAACGAAAACAAAAACGGGAAUUUAUUGGUCAAUAAAUGGCAUGUACGCCCCAUCAAAUAUCGUCAAAAGCUCUGGAGCAAAACAUGGCACAGUUUCAGAAGCAGUACAAAAAAUGAAACAAAAAAAUAGAUUAAAAAGAACCGCGACUGGUCCAGUAAAACAUAACUGAGAUAACGCUAUGGGUAUUUAAUGCACGCCAAAGCUUGUCUACUUUUAUGUUAAGAAUAGAAUAACACUCUGACGUGCCUAGUCCGGGAUUUUUUUAAAGGAGUAUUUCAAUUAUCUGUAAAGGACGGACAGAGUAAUUUACGUUAUAAGUUCGUUUGUUUCAGCAGCCACUAGCUUGACAAACACUGAUAUAAAAUUGGCGCCUUGGGUCAACAUAAGCAAUAAUGCAGAUACGCCUUCUGUAAGCUUAGCUUUAACAAAAAAGCCGACAGACUUAUCAAAAGUGACACUACAUCACUAAGAGACAAGAAGGCUUUCGAAAAUGAAGGCGCGUACGUCAAUUUGGUUUCCUUAAUGUUCCUUGAAAAAAUUUUAAUUAAUUUAAAUCAAUUUUUCCCGGAGGUUUUUUUUUUUUGAAUGAAGCGUUAAACCUGACGAUUGUGCGAAAAGUGCAUUAUUUAAAGAAAAGAGAGCCACUUUGCUUAGAGCCAUACAAAUUCUUUAGCGCGCAAGUAAAAAGUUAAGCAAAAUUUGUACGGUGGCAGUUAAAAUGGACUAAUAACUACAACUCAUUUAGUCAAAAAUUUCUUAUUUGUACAAAUAUUCUAACAAUAAGUAGUGAAACAUAUUGAAACUUGCACACUAAAAGACAGUUAUACUUUCAUCUUUUUCGUUUCCCAGAAACAAUAAAAUGAUUCGACGCAAAAUCUUGGCCGAGAUAGCUGAACUACACAUCUACAAUUUGAAGAACAAGUUUUUACAACACUUGAAGCUUCGUAUCUAUGGCUUGCACAAACAAGUGUAGAGGCGAAAUUAAUUCCAUUCUUUUGUCUUAAAACACCAGUAUAAUCGCGGCUCAUGACUCUCUUUCAGUGUUCGUUUUUAUGUGCCGCACUUAUUUUAUUGCAGCCACUUAAGACGUUUCUUUCAAAAGUGAUAAAUAAUGACACAGAAUGCGCCAUUACAUUUUGAACUAAUCAACUAGAAAAGUUCUUAAAAACAUAUGGAGUUGAAUAAGAUUAUAUUUUUGCAUGCAGUUUUGCCUGCUUUUCAACAACCACGGAGGAAAAUUGUUUGUAUAUCGGAAAUGCACCUUUCGCGAGAGCUCAAGCCUGCUAAUUUGCACCCGGGCGAAAAUUGUUGCUAGUCGCAAUCGAGGUUUUAAAGUUUAAUUGUGUGCACGCGCCCGGCGGCGGAAAUUUUUUUUCCAUUCGUGUUAAUAUAAACAUGUUUAUUCAGAACGAAGUAAUUCGGAGCGAUCUGCGAAAAGAGAUGAAAAGAUGUUCUUUGAUAUAAUGAGAGUGGAUGUCUCUGAUUCCAAUUCUAACCUCGUGGGAGACAAUUUAAACUAAGUGAUUGUCAGUCCAUAUAUUAUUGAUAUAACACGUUAUUUCAUGCAUUGCGAAAUGUUCUUUUUAUCCCCGAUCGUUUGCAUUUUGCAUUUCUUAAAAGGAUAAAAAUUAGGAAAACUGUUAUUUUGAAUUAAGAGCCCUUCAGGGUUUAGUGGCCUGUUGCAUAUGAUAUGAAACAGUCAAUUUUCGUGGGAGGUUAAGUGUUGGUCUCUCUCAAAGGAGAGAACCAGGCAAGGAAGUUACUAAUUUCUCCCUUGUGAGAAACAGUUAUUUUCCUUCAUCUUUGCUCUGUGAUAACCUUUAUACACAAAACAGAAGUGUGAAUCCUUUUAGCAGUUGUUUUAUGAGAUGCGGAAAUUAGUUAAGACUAAUCUCAGUUACAAUCAAGCUUCCCAUCUACCAAGCUAAGCAAGAUGCUUUAAUAUGCAUUACUCCUUUACAUAUUCGAGAUCUGUUUGCACUGUGAUUGUGAUACUGAAAAUAUCUAGAUAAUUCACCGCUCUCCAGGAGAACUUUUACAUCGUUCGAUUGUUCAUCCUAGAAUUCGAGCCAUAAUUUUCAACUUUUUCUUUUCUAAUCCGUUUCAUUAACCUCUUUUGUGUUAGAUUUCUUUUUUGUGUUGUUUUCCUAGUCCUAGUCUCAUAUUUUCAGCUGUUCUUCCAGAAUAUUUAAUGUGUUGGUUAGAUAUAUAGGACACCCUUCUUUUAAAAAUGGCAAGAUAAUUUUUUCCCCUCUUUUUGAGUAAAAGGUGGAGACUGGCCUAAAGUAUUAUUGUCUCUAGAAGACGCACGAAUUAAAACCCUCCUCCAUUUCUAUCUUGCAGUUUCAAUUACAAGAAAAUUACCGGCACUGCUGCUCAUGUAUGACUGUGCACUAUAUAAUAUAUAUUAAAAUGACACAAACCCAAACAUCCUUAGGUAACAACUAGCAGCGCACCUAUGAUAAUGUAUGUAUCAGGUCAUUGCAUGCGCACAUACGCCAGUUGUAGCUUUUUUCAGCUGUUUAUUGAAACAACUUUCUUUCACCAGAUACACGUAAAUGAUAGAACAAAUAUUAACAUUUUUUUAUUCGUAAAAAAGGAAGAAGCAAAAUUAGACUCAAGUUCGGUUAUAUAUGAUGCAUUCCGUUUCAUCGAGUAUCACCAGUUAUGUCCGAAGGUUAAUUUUCUCGCUAUUUAAACUCGAGAUAGAGAAAUACGUUACGUUGUCAGGACCGCGGCUCAAGGAUCAAAGUCUUAAUGUCUUAAGUCUUUAAUAAAACCACUUACUUUUUAUAGUUAGUUCCAUUUAAAAGUUGAAAGCUUUAAAUGUUACAUAACAUUCAUCGUAACUACACUGUGAUGAAAAGAUACAACUAAACCAUUUUUAAACAAAAAACCCUACCUACAAUAUCAUGAACCAAUGAAAUUAAAGCAAACAAUGCUCUUGGUAAUCUUAAUUCGUUUUCAUGCAAAACAGGUCGAUUAUUUUUGCAAUAAAAGUGUAGAUCUUUGAUCGAUUUGUCUCAUCAUCUUUAGCAACCUUCUGCAGUUACUUUCUCAAAAUCAGUUAAGUUUGUAGUAAGUCAAUGUCUAGCAAAAGGUUACUCUAACUUGAGUAUUUACACAUAAAACGCCACUCCCCCCCCCCCCCCCACCACCCCCCCCCUUUCCCAAAGGAAGGUUUUUAAAAAAAAACCCAAUUAUUUUUAAAUCUCUGUUUUUUUUUUUUUCCCAUUUACACAUUUUAAAAAAAAAAAAUAUACCACACAGUACAGAUUUUUGUGUAAAAAAAAAGUUUUUUUAAUUCCUUUCUUUCUGAGUUUCAUGUAUUCGUUAGAAUGACUUUACCUUUUUCUUAAUUCUUGAGAAACUUUCAAUACAUAGUCUUGAGGGCAACAUAUAAACGAUGUGUUGUUUGCGCGGUUUCGCCAACAUAACGUUCCUUUUUUUCUCCAAAGCCUAUUAACUCUUUCUUGCAAACUGGUACAAAAUAGGUAAUAAAAAGAUAUUUACUAAUUGGACGCUUGAAAUUAUAAGUUCAAUUUUGCUGUUUUGGUCUUCCUUGCUUCUUCGUGUUGUUUUUUCCUUGCUUCGAUGACGUCAUAGUUAUACUUAUGCCCAGCUAAGUGCAUCUAGCCAGCCACGUAAUUGUAAGAUUACGCUUUUCAGGAAACGAUCAAAUGGUACUAAAAGCUACGAAAACCACCUUGUUGAACGGCAAACGAAGCAGAGGGACAAGAAAAAUAAAGAGAUUAAAUGAUUCAACAAGCUAAUAAGCUUUCUUUUAAAGAGUUUACUGCGUCGUUUGCAGGCCAGCAAGGUGUUUUUGAAUCAUAUGACCGUUUGAGUUGUGCAAAAGGCCCAUUACUUAUAAAAUUCCCAGAAACCUCAAAUAAGUGUACUAAGAAGUUCCUAAGAAAUAAUUUGACUUCAUUUUAAUCAAAGAAAAUAAAAAAAGUGGUUUGAGGCUAUUUGAAACAUUGGCGGCAGAAAUCCCACAUUUGCUCACUCUGGAAGUACAAUGUCAAACACGAGAGGUAGUGUUUCAUCACAUGUCAAACACUGAGGAAAAAGGUUGUAUGUGAAGAGACCAUAUCUCGGGUGAAUUUUCUUGUAAUUUGUUUCUAGGGAACCUCUCAAACAAACUUUUUUCAGAGGAGAAAUUCAGGAAGCGACGCAGAGAGGUUUUCAUCAUAUAUCCUAACAAUGCACGCUGCGUGAUUUCUUUAUUAAUUUGUCUUUUGACAUUUUUUUGAGAAAUUGUAGAUGCCAAGACUAGGAAUGUGUUCGAAUAACUUGAACUACUUGCAAAAUAAGACAUCACGUCUUUACCACAUUCGACGCACGUAUACGAAAUGUAAAAGUAAAAAUGUUCUAGAAGUUAUAAAAUCCUCGAAAUAUAUUUCGAUAUAUAUUUCGAAGUAUAUUGCACGAAAGAGCGAAAUAUAUUUCGAGGAUUUUAAAACGUCUAGAACAUUUUUAAUUUAACAUUUUACUUUUCGUAUACGUGCGUCGAAUGUGGUAAAAACGUGAUGUCUUAUUUUGCAAGUAGUUCAAGUUCUUUUGACAUGAUGUAAACGAAAGACAUUUUCUAAUGCUCGCCUAGUAAGGGAAGGGUUUAAGACUUGAUAAUCGGUUGCAUUAGAAGAUUCAAUUUACCUGAAUAAGGCAGAGGAAAAAAAGAUAAUAAUUAUCGUUUUGUUUUUGCAUAAAAUCCGGCAGAAAUUAAUGUUGUUGUUGAAAUUUCAGAUCGGACUAUAGCAUAAUCUAUUGCUUAUUCAAACACAUGGUUUCAAAAUAUAUAUUUAUUUAGCUAUAGUGAUCCUAUAUCAUCGCAUUGUCGGGUCAUUCCAAUUUUAGUGUUUAUUUAGAUCUUUCAGUGAUAUUUCAAAAUUUUCCAGAAAUGUUUAAAACCAACCAAUUUCUACUUUUUUGAAAGUGAAUAUACAAAAUUUCACAGAUUUAAACUGCCAGAGAAAUGUGUAUAAGCAAUUUUAUAAAACAAAACCUGAAACAAAAAACGACAUUCAAAACCAUGACUUCUGCGAUUCUUCUACAGCCACAGUAAACGAUUUAGUGACUUUAGUAGCUUAUAAUCAGCUAUACCAUACAUGACUAAUUGCUUGUUUGAGCUUUUAAAAACCUUUUGGCUUUUAACGGUCAUUAACUUUUAAAUAACAUUGAGUCUUAAGCACAAUUGUACAACACAUAAAAAGCAAUCAGUUUUCAAAUAGAACUGAAGAUAUUAACCCACAUCACGUUUAUAAAAAAAAAUUCUACGUUUUUCCAAUAACAACAAAAGCUUAAUGAUGUUCACAUACACUUUUAGAAUACUCCCAGCCAGAUAGACGAUAAAAUCCUCUCCACUAAUUCAGUUUGGAACAUUUACAUGUACUAGUUGCUCGUAUUCGGUUACAAAGCUAUACCGAAAAAGGAAAAUCGGAAAAGGCUUACAUGUAAGUAAGUAUCCCAUUAGCAGCUGUCGGCACCUGAUGCUAGUUUAAUUGAAAAAUGAUCGCAGAUUUUAGAAUUUGAAAUUGUUGGUUUAAGUCAAGUGAGGACCACCUUUUUUGACAAAAGGGAUAAUAAUGGACUAAGAAUGAGUUUGAAUGUGAAAAAGCAUUUGCGAUGAAGGUGAUUGAUACCAUUAACCUAUUUUAAACCUAGUUGCUUCAAAGCAUCUUGCAACCAAUAUGCCUAACACUGAAACGAAAAAUAAAUAUGAGCCACAUAAAUCUGCUUUUGUAGAAAAUAAAGCCAAACAUAAGUGACUCUUUUUCUGGUCAGCCCUUAGAACACUUGGAAAACGAUCCAACCAAAAUUUUCUUCUCCGUAAGUAAUUGAGCUUUCGAAAUUCAUAAAUGCUCAGCAUUAUUGAAAAUGGCCCCACAUCAUUAUAUACGAUAGUCAGACAAACUUGGCAAAUUGGAGUCACCAUUAUCAGGGCUGGUCACAAGAAAUACUGCUCGAUAGUUUUCAAUUGAGUGAUUUCACCUAAAGAUUUUAUUCACAGACUGGUUGCUGGCCACCUUGAAAAGCACGAUAAUAAACAGCGUCAUAGAGACGGAGAAAAAAAGUCCUGAUUUUAAUGCUCACACCUAAGGAUUAUGUCCCAAGACUCGAUUACUAACUAGAUGCACCUUUUACAGUGUAAUAAAUAGUACCACUUGACAGAAAUGCUCUGUACCUUUCAACUGAUUAUGACCACGGUAUUAAAAAUCUAUCCCAGGACUCAAGUUAGAGCAUAAUUAACAGAGCCUAGGCACAUCUUCCCUUUUCUAGAAGUCUGAGAGCUAUCUAAUAAUCAGUAGAUCACUGAGCCAGAUGGUCAUUAAUUUAAAAUUGUGCACAUUUACAGAUAAUUUCCAUCAACAGUGGCAACUUUUCAAAGCAUCUGUUUAAACGGACAGCGUAAAAGUAAUGUUUUUUAUGAAAAGUGAGAAGCACAAAAGACAUAGUGAUGAUACCAAUAGCUAGAGGAAGUUAAACUGAAUUGCGUUUUCGUGAAAGGCACUUAAUUGUCCGACUAUUUCAUCAUCACCAAAGUUGCGCCAAAAUGUCUCUCAUUUAUUUUGAAGUUUUAUAUGCUACGUCAUUGAAAAAUAGAUUAAUUUUUGUAAUAUUACCAAGAAGGUUCUCGUACGGUGACAUAUAAAGUGUACGCAGAUGACCAGAAGGGAAUAAUAUCAGAGGACAUUCUAAUCUGUGCUGACGUCGUCAUUAAUUGCUCCUGUAGAGUUAUUAAGAAGAUAUCAAGCAAAUUUCGUCAAGGAGCGAUCCAAAAUAAGUUUUUGUCGCUGAUUUUUGCAGACAUGAUCAGAAACUUCUAAGAAGUUGGCUCAAUUUUUUCAAUUCAGUUCAAUCCAUGUCUAUCCAAUAGUAAUGCAUAAUUGUUACAAUGACAUAAUAGAAUUCAGAGUACGUAUAGAAGACUUGCACUAGAACUUAUAGCUUUAUCUCUGAUUAAAGAGUCCUUCCAACUCUCUUCUCUCGUUAUCAAACUCCUGAACGUAUUAAAAAGACAAAGGUACUAACUAAACUGUGCUUUAGCCAACGUUGAACGUUAGCAAAACUGCCUUUGCACGCAAAUACACUGAAAAUGCAAAUCUGCGACAGACGGGCGCAAUGCACCUGCAGAUCGUGCACAAAUGAUAAUGCAGAAGUGAUAUUUACACGAUAUUUGCACUACCCAAACAGCAAUUUGAGAAUAUUAUGGUAUUUUUCGAAGAAGCGCUAUUAUUUUAGGAAUACAACUGAUGCGAUAACACGUUUUAGCUUUUCUUUUAAACUGAAAAAGAUAGCAAAUAAAUAGCGUGUUAUAGCCCCAGUUUAACAAGGCAAGGGGACUAAAAGCUCAGACUAAUCGUUUUUUCUAAAUUAAUCCCGAAGGUAUCUUACAAAUGUAGCCCCACAGGUAAAUAGAUUCAUUAUUUUGAUCUCCGGGGCGGGGAAUUAGUCAUAUGUCCGAGAGUAAUACAACUUCCAGAAAAAGAAAUCUUUACUGUGCAAUCAUCUUAUCGCAUCUUAGAAACAAUAGAGCUAUGGGAGCUCAUUAAAACAUAGUAAAUGGUACGCGUUAACCCUAAAGCAAUGUUUCCUAUUUUCAAAUAAACAAGUAAUGCACCAUAAAACACAGCUUAACAGCCACCUCAAGCAACAAACUACAUCUUACAACAUCAGUUUGGGUUUUUAAUAACCCAAUAAGUAGAAGCUUUACGUAUUCUUCAAAUGAAAAACUCCCGUAGUUUUGAUUAAUAUCAGCGGAAAAGCCUGUGGGCGUUCUUAUUGUAUAACAACUCGGAUUACGUAAUCCGGGAAAUGUUUGCUUGUGGAAAUUUGGAAUCGUGGGUUUUAAAACCCGGACUUCAGUUCAAGGAAUCCGGAAUCCCUAUAAAGAUUUCAAUCCGGGACUCACUUGAAGUUGAAGUUCCAAUACCUGGAAUCCGGAAUCCACCGCGUGGAAUCUGGAAGUCAAGACUGUAUUUGAUUAAGGCGGAAUCUAGCAGGAAACUAGGUAAAUUUAAUUUUCAGGGGACAAAAACCUUGUACCAGAAUAAUUUAAGGAAUAUUGCAUUCUUUUUUGCAUUUUUCAUGGGCUAAAGAUGAAAUAAAUCAUCCGUAGUAACACCAAAGAAAAUUUCUCAUGAAAGUCAGAGAAAAUGAAUGUCAAAUUUCACCAGAAUUGUGAGGGGGGCACAGGUAAACUUCUGAAAAUUUCAUGUGUAAGAUGUAACUUUGUGAAAUUUGACACUCAUUUUCUCGGGCUCCCAUAAGAAAUUUGUUUUGGUGUUACUACAGAUAACUUAUUACAUCUUUAGCCCUUAAAAAAUGUAAAAAUGAAUGCAAUAUGCUUUAAAUUAUUCUGGUACAAGAUUUUUGUCCACUGCAAAUACUUAAUGUCCCGGUGGAUUCCGUCUUAAUACUUUACAUGGGACGAAACGAUGUGCGUUAAAGUGAAGGGUAAUUAUUGUUGACUAUGCAGGCCGAUGCAUGCCUAAAAUUUCUAAAGACGAGGAAUUACAAAACGAGUCGAAUCCAGUGUGGUGAUCAAACUUAAAAAAAUGUAGCCGAUAGCUGCCAGUUUACAAGCAGGAAAAGUUUUUUUUCGUUUUUAGGGAAAGUUAACAAUCGUGAUCCAACAAGCAGUAGAGUUGCAUUGAAUGUUCUGCAUAUUGAACAACUGAAUUUUUUUGUUACAUAACCCAUUUACAUAAUGAACAAACUAAAAGUAAGCAUCAUUCGAUGGUGAAUAAAGCACAAUUCAUAUAUAGAGCAAAGGAAAGAAAUAUAAAGGAAAGAAAUCAGACUUAAGGAGCAGAAUGGGUACUUCAAAGUUGAGCGGAAUUAACAAUCGACAGUACCACAAGUCGCAUCCUAGAUGUGUAAAUUAAACUAUCCAAAGACGGUGCACGCGUCAUCUCCUUCAUAGCUUGAGUUCUCACGAAAUACAAAAAAAACGUCGAAGGUAAUUGUUGAGGUCCCCACGCUUUUGCUUUGAGCUCGAUCAGCCACAGAUUUCAGUCUUGGAAAAUUAAGUCAAUCAGGAGCAGACGAAAAUCGGAUUUUUACACAAGCAGAAAUAAUUAAAAUAUUAGACAAUUCCAAGCCUAAGCGUGUCCAUAUCCCUUGGCAUUUUGUCGGCCAUUUGUCUUUUGUCUUUUUUUUUUUUCAGAACGCUGCAAAUGCCUCACGGUGGGGAGCAGAUCCAUUUAAAGGCCAACGUGGUAGCUAAUAAAAUUGUCAAAAAAAAUGCCCUCCGAGGAAAGACUCGCUUACCAGAGAAAACAAAAUUUUAUUGGUUGUGAAUCUACAUAUUGUCGACGGAAAAAAAAACUGAAAAACAAGCUUAAACAAAAGCCGACGACUAAAGUGAACUGGCUAUAAAUAUAUUUAGUAAAAAACUCAACACUCAUUUUAUAAAAUCCUGAAAAAUAAAAGAGCGCUCAUCCACCAUUUGAUUGGUCGAGGAGACUCGACCAAUAUCUAGACUUUCAUCACAAAUCAAACAUCUCGAAGUUCGUUUUAACACUCCACCAAGAAGGCAUGGGGGAUAUAGUGCAGGCUUGACUGAGGUCUCCUUUCACAGUGAAUGACUUGGCAUAAGCAGAAGUGUGACUCAGAACUUCUGAAAACAGAUUUAUAGCUGGAAAAUGUUCGAGGUCAAAGCCAAUGUGCAGGAUUGUGCAAUGCUUACGAUAGCUAUUUAUCACAGGAAAGGAGACAUGUAUGAAGCAUUUACUGUUUUAGCCAUUCAGAAAAGGCAAUUUAAUUUGCCUUUAGACAGAGAUGACAAAUGCUACAAAGUAACUAUUGAUAAACGGGUCUAAAGUACAUCACGUAGAAAUGCCCCACCGGGCCGAUUGCGUCACUUUUGACUUGCCGCAAAGACAAACUAUUUAUGAAGGCCUCUCCGAGCAUUCGUCGCUGUCAAAGGACAGAAAUUUGAAUAAGUGAAGCAAUGUUACGUCAAAGCUAAGAUUUUAAGUUAAAUAUAUUAUCAACAAGCUGUCAAUUCACUGAAACUUUUUGCUACCAGAAAGGUACUUAUUAGUGUUUAAUAACUGAAUUUGGUGAUACUGUGGGCGCCAAAGUAUAUUCUUGCUUAACCUAGCAUUCGGACUCUGGAAGAAUCGUUGGUACCGCUGAUUUUGUCGUUGUCGUUGUUUUUAUUUUUGUAGUUGUCUUUGUUUAAUAUGUAAGUAUAUAACUAUUCCGACCUUAAAUUCUCUUGUAGGAUCUCCGUUUUGGUGUUUAUUAGAUAUUGUUCCAAUCAAGAACGAAAAGGGGAACGUUGUGCUGUUUCUUGCUUCACACAAAGACGUCACAAAAAGAAAAAUCAGUGGAGAGGUUCCUGAACAGGAUGUGGGUAUGCUAUCUAUAAAAUUGCAAUAAAUAUCUUUAAUUUGUUUAUUUCUUUCCUUUGGCCAGGCGUGACUCAGGAUUCUUAAUAAAACUUCGGCGGAUUCUUUAGAACAAAUAAGACGCGAAAUUCGAAAACAGGGCUACUUUAUGAUAUCAAAACGUUGGCGCCUAUUGGGAUAGUUGUGCGUCUACCGCCGACCUCAAGCACCUUACUUAAAUUCUUCCUUAAAGAAACACCCCAGGGUGGGGUAGUUGCAUUAAACUUAACUUUAAACAUUACUUCUGUCAAUUGACGUUAAAAUAGGGUAUCAUUGUCAUAAGUAAGCUCUUUCAUAUUUUUACGCUAUGCAAGAAUCUCCGGAUCAAUUUAGGUUUCUCGGAGUCUGCCGACCUACCCCUCCCCUAAGCCAACUUUAACACUUACUUCUCACUUAGGGUAAAAGUUGGCUUAGGGGAGGGGUAGGUGGGAAGCUUCCCAAAGUUGGCAUGGGUUUCUGUUGUCCGUACUAAGGCUACGUUAACACGGCAUCGGACGAAUUUUCUACCGGUUGAAAAUUCGUGCGUUCCCGUGUUAUGUUCAAACGGAAUCACCUUAACCGUACGAAAAUUUAUACGCUUAGCCGUUCAACGUUCCGUGUGAACAGAGCGAAAUAUUUGAAGGUCCCGUGUGAACGACGUGUCCGGUCAAAUAUCUUGUAGCCGGUCGAAAAUUCGUCAGAUGUAGUGUGAACGGAGGCCAGGUGUUUUAAGGUGAUGUUACACGAGACGAUUCGCAACGACGGUUUUUAGCGCAACACGGCCUUGCAACAUUGUUGCGACAUUGUUUCGAAUGAUUACACAUUGUUCCAACAUUGCAAGGCUGUGUUGCGCUUAAAUUGUCGUUGCUAAUCGUCCCGUGUAGCAUCACCUUUAAGAACUACUUUUUUAAAUAGAAAUUAACCUUGACUACAAUUUUAUAACCAUAAGCACCACAAACUAAUGAUCAUUAUAAUUUAAAAAUUGAAUCAUUGGAUAAUGUAAUUCUAGGGUUCUGAUUGGCUUAGCUCUCCAAAUAUGGUAAACUGUACGCGUCUGCUCAAAAUUAAAAACAACCUGAAAAUUCGUUUGUUUUUGUAAAUAAAGUCGGGAAGAAUUCUCCAUAUUUUGUAGGCGCUUUUAAUAAAACAGUUAUUGACCACUCGCGCUUCACCCUUGCUGGAUAUGAGAUGAUUAUAUAGCCAACUUGGUGCUACGCGCCUCGUUGGCCCACUACCAUCUCAUAUCCAACGCGCACUCGUGGAAUAAUUGCUAUUUUUUUUCUUGUUUUUUCUAACAGCCUCAGUGGGUGAAAAACAAAAGCUGAGCCGGUCUCGCUCCAGGAAAUUCAGCCGCGAUGUUCUCCUUCAUUUAUCCAGACAAUACCAACAGAGCACGACUCCUACAAAUAAGACCAACCCACGAAGACCAAUUAAACGAGCCAGGGUAAGUAAAAAAAAGCUAAACGGAACUCGUAGAUACUUUAAUUAAAAAAUAGAGACUGAGUCAUGUGAUGAAAUAACGGUCUUGUGUGAAAUUGGAAUUGAAACGAACUAAUUUAAUGUAGUAGUGGUAGUAGUAGUAGUGGUUGUAUUACUAAUAUAAACGAAAUUAAUUGUAAACAGGUUUUAGUAUUUGGUUUUGAUAGCAAUAAAAGGCUAUUAUUAUAAAUAAGAAAAAUUAUCACCAUGAAAAUUGUUACUUUGGAUAAAACUGGUGUAAGCUCUAUUUUUCUUCUACUUUCCUUUGUUAUGAGAGUUGUUCUGAAUUUCUCAAUAAAAUAUAAGCUAAUAACCCACAGAAUGGCAUAUCAAAGGAUUUAGAGUGUUUGAAUAUUAAUUUGUCUAUUCUUAUUUUUAGUCCUUCUCUUUUAAUGCUGAACGGCUUCCGCAAUACAAGCGAGAGUCGGACAAAAAAUCCAAGUUUCUCUUCCUUCACUACAGCAACACCAAAGGAUUCUGGGAUUGGUGGAUUCUCAUCUUAACGACAUACAUUGCAGUCAUGGUCCCUUAUAAUGUGGCCUUCAGGAGAAACGACCGAAAAAGGGACCUUAUUAUCUUCGAUAUGGUCAUUGAGUUGUUUUUUAUCAUGGAUAUUGUGGUGCAUUUUAGAACUUCUUUUGUGGAUACAAGUGGAAGGAUUAUUUAUGAUCAAAGAAAGAUAGCGAUUCAUUAUCUCAAGGGAUGGUUCAUUUUGGACUUUUUGGCCGCCUUACCUUUUGAAGCUUUGUAUUUUCUCAAUCAAUCUUGGGUAGGUGUAGGGCAGUGUACGUUACGUUUAGACUACUGGUAGUCAAGAACAUUAAAUGUUAAACCACCUUAAAAAAUUGGAAAGAAUAAAAAUCCUCCCCAUAUUAAUGAAAUUGUAUCCAAUUAUAAUUGUCAUUAUAACUAAUAUUAUUUGCUUUAAGACCGGCAGAUUUAAAAUAACUUAAAUUGAUAUUCAAAAUAAAAUUGUCCUCAACUCAGCGCUACGGUAAUGACUGUAAUUCCUAAAUUCGUAGCUUUUGUAACGUGUUUGACGAAUCGCUGUUUGACGUGCCUUUUAUUUUAAAAAAUGGCUACCUGUUUAUCAAACGCGUCAUACUUUCGGUUCUUUGUAAAUCGUUUAAUUAUUCAACCGGGUUGACCUUCAUUUUCAGGCCUAGGUAACAAAAAAAAAUAGCUAAAUGAAGGAAUUACCUUGUUAAAUUCGUAACCUACAGACCUUUUGCUAGGAAAACCAUCUUACUCUAUUAGAAAUAAAGAUUUCCCUGUUAAAUGAUUAGUUCCUAAUAGCUUUCUCCGUUUUUUAUGUUAUCCAGGCAAACUCAACAUUUGAUAGAAAAGGCUCUUCAUUUAACGAGGUACUUUAAUUAUAUGUAAUUAGCUGUAUAUGCUUUAAACUGAAUAAGUUUGAACCCUUUUCCUCUAAAGAACGGUUACUCAUAUUAUAAACUGAAAAGAAUACCAAGCUCAAGCUAGAUCUGAAUUCUUAUACAGUCCCAAACGCUGCUCGUUAGAGCUUUACUUGGAGAUUUACGAGGUUUUGUUUGACUCGUGUUUCUAGUCACACGCGGGAGUUCAUCCGCGUGACAGGCAAAAUAUACAUUUCCUCUACUGUCUCCUUAACUAAUACUGAGAGUGUGCAGGGUAAACUAUACUGGGAUUUGUUCUUCAAAUGCAAUUAUCCCCCUCACACUCCUUGCUGAUAACAAUAAAAUUGCUGAUUUCUUCUUAACCUUGAAUUUUCACAAAAGAAACAAGUUAGUGACGAUAAAUUACGAAUCUUCCAUCUAACGCUUGGCUAACUAGCUUUAAAGCUAAUUUUCUCUCAGUGAAUACCACAGUAAAAAAAAAACAAAGCAAACAAUGAAUUCCUACAUGACAGCUUGAUCACAUCAGUAUGUAGCCUUAAUGACCGCUUUUAAUCCUUGGAAUAAGAAUUUGUUUUAAUUUAUCUGGGGAUUCACAAUUGUUCUAUGUGCAACUAAAGGCAAUACCUUUACUUAAUUUAGGGUAUGAAAAUGUAUUGUGGGAAACUUUAAAGUGGCAAUGGUCCGCUGUACUAACUUAAAACGUCAUUUCUUGUAAGCAGAUGUUUGUCAACGCCAAAAAAUAAAGCAAAGAAUCUCUUUGAAAAAUGACUGACCUUAAAUCGUUUAGCUCCUGAAAUUUGCUUUAUUUCUUUCUUCUCUCUAACCACAACUUUCUAACUUGAUUCCAUUGUAGGGAUUUCUCAUUCAGCUUCUCAAGUGUGGACGGCUACUUCGUCUGUUUCGUGUGGUCCGGAAACUUCAACGUUACACAGAAUACAGUGCAAUAUUACUCACAUUAUUAAUGAUAGCGUUUGCUAUGGUAGCUCACUGGCUGGCCUGUAUCUGGUAUGUGAUUGGUUUAUCCGAAAUCAGUGACAAGUCAACAGUAAGUUGGCUUUAUGCACUUGGCGAAGCAAUCAACAAACCAUACGGUAACUUUACACUGGGGUCUGGACCCGACGAGGGAUCAUCUUACGUCACUGCCUUGUAUUUUACGCUGACCAGUAUGACCACCGUCGGAUUUGGCAAUGUUGCAGCAAACACAAAUAGUGAGAAGGUGUUUGCUGUGGUGACUAUGCUGAUAGGAGGUUUGUUAUCCUCUAGUGUAUCUGUACUCCAUUUGUGCGACUUUAUUGAAUGGUUCAAGUCAGUUUUGAACAUGCUCCUUGUCUUAACAACCUGUCUGAAUUCCUAGUUUAAUCCAUGGAAAGGGGAUUAAUUUCGUAAGAGCGAAGGCUUUUUCUCAGGUUUUAUCAGAUCAGCUUAGGUUUCUGGGAAACUGCUCACCUACCCCUCCCCUAACCCAACAUUUUGCCCUCAGUGAGAAGUAAGUGUUAAUGAUGACUUAGGGGAGGGGUAGGUGGGCAGUUUCCCAGAAACCUAAAUUCCGUUUUAUGAAGUGUAUAAAAAGUAUCCAUCACAAGUAUAUCUCAGCACAAAACCGUCAUGCUGAAGAGCAAGGAACGCACUGGGAGAAGACAAACAAAGGCAAUUACUAAUUUCAAAUUGUGUCCCUGUGCUUCCUUGCUAUCAAGCAUGACGGUUGUGUACCACGUAAAUGGACAAGCUACACAGGGCCUAUUGUCUAAAUUUACACUAUGAACUAGUUCUCUUGUAUAUUUCUCAGAAAACGUUAUAGAAACACCAAAUAACCUUUUUCUUUUACCUUUAUGUAGCCCUAAUGCACGCUGCCAUAUUUGGAAAUGUCGCCGCCAUUAUUCAGAAGCUUUAUGCCAAUCGAGUUCGGUACCAUUCCCGCGCGAACGAAAUCAAACAGUUCAUACGGGUACACAGGAUCGAGCAGGAUUUAGCCAAUAGACUUGAAGAUUACUUUCACACCACGUGGUCACUGUCCGGGGGCGUUGAUACCAGUGAGGUAAGAAAAAAGUCAAACGUGAAAAACAUAAAAGAAAGGAUUCGUCUUGGUUCAGUUAUUGACUCAAGAGUUUUUCGAGAUAACAAUUUCUAUUUGACCCAAAGAAUUAACACGUACAUAUUUUUUUCUUAUUCAGAAAUUUCAGAUCUACUCAUACAUGGCGUUUGACGAUUAAGUCUCCCCCAUAUAAAUGUUGUGGUUCAAUUUUAUUCGGGAGUUAUUUUUGUUUUGUUUUAAACUCGUAAUUGUAUAUUAGCCAUACCUCAUUGCUUGAGACAGAAGAAAAUAAAAUAAAACCAGGGAUAAAAUAGAAAUUCAACAAUGUGUCUUCAAGUCCUUCGGUCACCUCCGUCAUACGGUAUACCCUCUAGCUCCCUCUGGCCCCGGUUGUUCAAACGUCGGAUAGCGCUAUCCACCGGAUAAAUCACUAUCCAGCGGAUAGCGUAAUUGAUUUCCGUAAUACUUAUCCGCUGGAUAGUGAUUUAUCCGGUGGAUAGCGCUAUCCGACGUUUGAACAACCGGGGCCUGGUGUUUUUCGGCCUUGUAAACUAUUACUAGGGACCUGACGGAACUACGACGGUGAAGGCAACGGCAACACCAAAAAGUGAUAGGUUUAGUUAGCAAAACAACAACUCUGUACGUGGAUCACGCUUUUUGUACAUUUCUUUGCCGUCCUUUCUUAGGGCGUUGUAGUUCGUUUCGUUCCUAGUUGGAUAUAAGUUGGGAAAAUUACUCAUAACUGUUAGCUGUGAUGUUUUGGGCGAUCCUACACAACUACGACGAGAAGUGACCAAAAUUUAAGUUUUUUGAGGACGGGAACGGCCAGGCGAUAAAUUCUACCAUCUCUGUCUGAACUCGGGCUCCGCCCCCUCUACCAGUUCCAACAUAAAUCCCCUUCUUUUAAGUGAAAGGGCGACCUGAGAAAGUCGCGAAUUGGUUUAAAAGGAUGUGGAGUCUAUUUUUUCAGUGACGUUUUCAUUUCACGUCGCCGUUGUCGGAUCGUAAGGUCUCUACUGUGGGAGAGGCGGUGGUUAAUACCUUGUAGUCCGUAUCAAGGGUUCCGGGUUGAGCCCCUGUCUGAACUUUUUGGAGUAGCCCAAGGUGAGGUAAACUGUUGUUACCAAACUAGUAUAGGAUUAGUUAGUUAGAUAAAGGAAUCCCACCAUUUAGUUCAGUAAGGCAAUUCUAAUACGUUAAUAUGCCAGACGCCAUUGCCAAAAUUAACUAAGCCAUAAGUUCGCUUCUGAUUUUUCCACGAAGAUUCUCACAACAUUUCCUGAUGAACUCCAGUCUGACGUGUGUAUGCAUCUGUACAAAGGACUUCUUGAGCUCAGCUCCUUCUCCCAGGCCCCCCGCGGUUGCCUUAGAAUGCUCUCGCUUCAGGUGCGCACAGUCUAUAUUGGACCAGGGGAAGUAUUGCUGGCUCAAAAUGACGUCAUCAAUGCAAUAUACUAUAUUGCAAAUGGCUCGAUGGAGGUUCUCCAAGGAGAGUCAGUGGCUGCUAUACUUGGUAAGAGUAUUGUAAUUCUAUUACAGUUUUUGCGUUAGUUUUAGUUGUUCUAAGAGUGAAAACGUAACACAGUUGUGAGGCACAGAGGUCAGUUGUUGGCUAUUCACUAUAAUAAAUCAAGAUUGAGCUAAAUGAUGUGAGAAAAGUACUUUUUUACUGAAGCUCUAAGACUCUGAAACGAACUACCAAAACAAAUCGCAUGCUCAAAUUCCAUUAAGAUGUUUAUGAGAUGCUUAUUUCUUAUCAUAUUGUGAUGUCGAGGUGGCCUCCCCUACAAGCCUGGUAGUUUCUUGAGGUCUUCUCGCCCAACAACAUGCUGUAUUCUGUAAAAUUCGUUUUAAAAAUGGAUAUGAUGAUGAAACUGAGGACUCGUUUAUUUAAAUUUGCUGCUAUAAAGCUUAAUUGCGUUGUUGCAAUUGGGAGAAUAAUUCUCUCAUUACUGUUUUUGUUUUGUUGUUGUUUUUUUUUUUCAUGUCAUUGUGUUUUAAACGUAGCUUUGUGGAGCAUACAGUCUAAUUAAUUUAUUUAGUAGCAAGUACCAAUGAAAAGGCGCAGAGUUUUUGAGGCACGCGACUCAUGUACAUCUCAUUCUCGCAUUGCUCGCUUGCUAAGAGAGUUCAGGCCACCGGGAAAGCGACAGCCGACUCGUUAAGCGUGCACCUUAACCUGGAUUCUGCUAUUCUUUAUUGAUACAAACCUUGAAUGGGACACAUGAUUACAUCUCUGUGCAUUGGUAUGGACCUAGCUGGAGAGAGGAACGUGGCCAAGUGGAACACUUAAAACACACUAACGAGUAGACGGCAUUGACCUCGUAGUAAAGACCGCUGUUCAAUUUCUUUUGUAACGAAACGUUCAAAAGUUCCAUGUUCUCUUCUGCCCAAAAGGGCAAUAUCAUUUAACUGUUUGUUGGGGAAUUUGUAAAAUUAUAUACUGGUAAUAUAUAGAUUUAGCCUAAAGGCGAAGCUCCCGUUAAUAAAUUUAUAAUUUACUUUACACAAUAAACUUGCAACAAUUAAUUGCAAAGAGUUGAGCCUGCGAUCAGUCAGCGGACAACUUAAAAAAACGUAACCUGGAUGUGUCGACAUCUGAGCCCGCGAUACGGUCAUGUGAUACUGGUUAGCAGAUACCCCUUUUUGACAGCUGUCAAUUGACCACAACAUGGAUGUGCAAUAUCAGGUUGUCGGCCGGUUACAGGGUCCCAAAAUUGCUAGAAAGUGUGAAAUUUUACAUUGGUUAGCCUGUGGUGCAGAUGGACGGCCGGUCAGGCGGACGUGCGGUCACGUGACUACCAAAAUUUCUUGAAUGGAUAGAUAACCAAAUUUUCUUAGCUAUGGGGCUGCUCGAAGCGCGCGUGUGUAGUCCACUGUCUACUUGUACACUUGUCUAGUUACUUUUUGGAAAGAGUUUUGUUGGGAACGCUAAAAAUUCAGUCUGAGGGAUUUGAUCAUUUUUUUUGCUUUAUAGGAAAAGGAGACCUUUUUGGUGAGGACAUAUCACGCAAGAUACCUGCUCGAAGAUCUAAUGGUGACGUCAGAGCUCUUACGUACUGUGACGUUUACUUUAUAACACGUGAACGAAUGCAGAAUGUUUUGCACUUUUACCAGGAUUUCGCGUUCAAGUUUUCCGAGAGCCUUGAGCUAACCUACGAUCUGGGAGCGAGCGAGGUAAUGUAUCUAUCAUUUUACUAUUUCGGAGCAAAAACACGUUUCGUAGAGUAACAAAACUGUUAAUCGUCAAAUAGGUAUUCCAAGUAUAAUAUACGCUGUAGAGUGUUAUUAGCUUGAGAGCUGAGGUAAUAUUAUUUCCUCUGGAGUUAUACACCGACCAAAGGAGGAAAGUACUGAAUACCCAUUUCAAAUUAUUCAACAGUCUUGACAAAGUUAGAGAUGGAUUAAGGUGGGUAGUAACCGACCGGAGAAAGGAAAAGUACAUAUUUACCACGUUCAAGAGUUUGGAGGAGAAUAUUGUCAAUCCUCUUCUAAACCCCCGAGGGGCUUAUUUAUUUCAAACACAUUUGAGGGGAGGGGGGGCUUAAUAGAUAGAGACGAAGGGCUUAAUUGAGAGUGCCGCCUUACUUAAUUUAGCAAAGACGAUGGUAUCAGUUAUCCAUUAAAAAAAACGAGAAUACAAAGUGGAAAAGCUCAAGUACAAGAAGUUAGAGGUCCUGCAGCCGAGGAUCAAAAACAAUACGAACCUCCAGUUGGAGAAUAAACCAUCCUCGAUCAGUCCACAUGAAGUUUUACAGUCGUGAUUGAUUGAUACAGUCUAUCAUUUAUCAGUGAACAAUAAUAAGGGGGAGGGGAGGGGGGCUUAAAAGAGAGGGGGCUUAUUAACUUUCUUUCCCUGGAAAGAGGUGGGGAGUUAUUAGAGGGAAGGGGAUUAUUUGAGACGGGAGCUAAAAGGGGAUUUACGGUAAUUGGUUCCGUCAAUCGCAAGGGGCUCUUCAUACAAUGGUAUGCAUUAAGACCCUGUCCACACCACACUGGAUGUACUUGAAAACACAAUUUUAUUUAUCCAGCCUAGAGUGGACGGGACCUUAUUAAUUCAUUAUGAAACACGAUUUUAAAAAAAUACUCUGGGCUUAAUAUGGGAAGUAGCCCUUACAGUCAGUCAAUUUAUUUAAUCAAGCUACGUUUUAUCCAGCGUAGUGUGGACAUGGGAUAAAAUUGAUAUGACAUAAAAUACAUUAGUGAAUAUGCCAUUGACACAUUUCGUUUAAAAAUGUUGACUUUGUGGUGUUUCUGGGAUAAUAAAUCUGAUUUUGAUAGUAAGUGGUAUUACAUCUUGAAAAAAAUCUCUUUUGAUAUUUUAACAGAUGAUUCAUUUCUGAUUGAGUACAUAAAAUGUGAAAGCUAAAGAAUUUACAGAAAAAAGAGAGGCUACAUUGCGUCAUGGCUUAUUACAGUACUAACAGUGGUAAAUCAUUUUGUUUUGCCAAUUUUCCUAGCGGGACAUCUGGCGAAGGGGAGGCCUGGAUUCCAUCUCAGAAGAUGAAGAGGAGGAAGAGGACGAAACAGAGUCAAUCUCAGCUGAUGGUGGCCUUAAUCACGUCAGUUAUACUCUUCAAUCAAAUCACUGCUACGGGAACUCGGGACGAUUAAAUAGGAGACCUGGGCAAAUCUUUGACAUGUACAAAAAACCGAACCAUUUUAAAUCCUCGGAAUUAUGGCGCGGAUUUAAGAAAAACAACGUUUCGAAGGGCAAGUCUCGUGCAAAUCAUGUAGAUCAACAACUUUUAUCUAAAUUGCCAUCAGAGGAAGACAGCGAUGAAAACAUUUCAAUGCCCCAGUCUCCAAGAUCACUAAAUCGUCAGUUUUCAAUUGACAUCAACGCCGAUGUUAAGGAUAGUGGUCAAGCCUUCUCACCGGAGGAGAAAUCUUCAAGUGAACCACUUUCCAACCCAAGCUUAGAGUGGGAUCAAGAAAAUUUUGCCUUGAAUACUAACAAUAACUUACUGGGAAAUGAAAAUAAUUUAGAAAGUUUUGAAAUGACAAGCAGAGAAACUGGAAUGAGUGUUUUUGGAGAGAUCGCUGAGGACAAAGAAUACCAUGAGGAAGAUACACUUCUCGCAGAUCAUAAUUCUUUUGGGAACGUGUCCAGUGAUAACUACUCGCUGGCAAGUAAUAAGCCAGCACAGGAAAAGAAAUUAAGCAAAGAUAAAUCAAAACAUCUAUACUUAGCUUAUGAUCUUGAAGAUGAGGAUAAAAAGCUACCCUACUCGCAAGGAAAUCUUGAAAAUAUUCCUGAGCAAGACAAAACAGAGAAUUUUUCAGGAAUUAACAACGAUGAACAUACGCCUAGUCAUUUCAAAGAAGAGUAUGAUGAUACUCCGAGGCGCUCAUGUGAAAAUAAUGAGAGAAUAGGCUACACUGAUUUCGACUCUAUGUGUAAUACACGAAGGAGUUCGCCCUUUAUCUCUUCACCAGUCCUCAGUGGAUCAAACAGAAGCCCCGUUCAUAGCAUUCUAGUGUCACCUAUACAAAGCACCCGUGGAAGUAUUAAACGUGGGUUUUCGGAGCUCCCAUUCAGAAACAGCCUAACUGAUAGCUUAGGACAAAGCAGACCUACUAGUCCAAGAGACAGUUCCAAAAAAAUCUCUCCCGGUGCUUCUUCAAAGGACCCGAGGGAUAACCGAGAAAACUCCGGCGAAAGCACAAAAGUCUCCGAAGGUUUUCUUCAUCAAGAAAUACCUAAAAGUCCACGAAAUGUAUUUUCGGGCACAUUUUCCAAGUUUGGGACACCAUGUAGGCCAGUAGGGAGUCUUAAGGAAGGCCAUAAUUCCCGCAGGGGACUCGCACGAAAAGGCCCAUUGAGGCGCACUAUGACGGAAUUUAACUCCCCAUCUGGAUCUAACAGCUCAUUAAACGAGAAACCACUUUCAUCCCCCAGGAGGAGAAAAGUUUCAGCGGUGAUGCAGCCACCCACUAUAUUUGCACCGCUGGUAACUAACGUCAAUAGUCCUUAUAAGGAUUUUGUUCCACCAGUGCGUGAAUCCGCGAUUACUUGUGAUUGUGAAUCAGCGGAACAAGAACCAGGAUUGAAUUGCAGAAAUUGCUUAGAAAAGGCGACGAAGGAGGAAGACUCUGAUCAUACUGAAGAUAAUUCCGAGGAUCAAACUUAUGAUUUCUACAACAACAUGGAGAAUAUUAUUGCUGACUAUCAGGGACAAAGUUCAAGUAAUAAGUGCGGUGAUUAUCGUUUUGAAGACAACGAUGGCGACUCCGACUCUCUAAUGACCCAAACUUCAGAACAUUCAUUUACACGGCAAGAGCUGAAGAGUGACCCGUCCCAGAAGAUUGACGAUUUGUCCACUGAGUAUGGUUCUAUUAAAGACCUGGGCGACCAUUUUGAACAGCCUUUUCCGUCUUAUUCAAGUCUUCAGCGGCGACCCAGCAUAUCUGGAGCGUAUUCAACGCAUUGCAUUGACGAGAAGGAAGAAAUACCAGAGGGUGAUGACUUGGGAGAAUUUUUCCGCCCAAUGAGAACAAGUUUCUCGGAGCCGCACUUAAGCCUGAGACUUCCAAUGUUACCUGGCAACAAUGGGAGAGCAGAACUUGGAACGUCACAUGACGAACACGUGAACAGUCUACUUAGUGACGACACAGCUACCCGGAACCUCGAGGAAAUUUUCAAGGACGUUUAUAGCACAAAAGAGGCUAUUGAAACGCUGGAGACGAUUUUAAAAUCACCUGAGCCAGACAUUGUUGCUGAUCUAUCCGAUACCAAGCAUACAGUUCAGAAACUAGAUGAACAGGUUUUAAACCUGAAUAGAGAAGUAGCGUCAUUGAGUAGUGACGUCAAGACCGUGUUGGAAUUGUUAAAAGGACUUAAAAAUGGACAC